AUGAAAUUUGAAGAAUGCAUACAGCUGUUAAGAGAAAAAUUUCCACAUGUCGAUCCCAAACGGAUUGAAGACGAAACAAAGUUAUAUUUGAUCAAGAAAGCAGAAACAUGCCACCAACAAGAGGAAAGAAAUUGCCAAAUAGAUGACAACUCGGUGGAAGAACUGAUCAGGAUUUUUUAUGCAGAAUGUGGGGAUAAAAAAGAGGAACAUAAUUCUUCUAAGCAUAGUGCAGUCAGUUCAGAGUCGCGGGUGCAUGUGGGCUUGAAAAAGGACCAACCAAUCGAUACAGCACAUGGUAGACCACACCCCAGUAACGCAAAACUCGCGGAAAAGGAUCCCACACGAUCAAAUCAGGCCCAUGACCCAGGAAUUCGAAACGUUGAUAAGUUUAACCGUAGAGGGAAGGACCAAUUUUUGAGGGGAACCUCUGAAGGCAGUAGCAAUGAGCUAAAGAAAACAGGAACAGGCGGAAAGAAGGGGGCGAAAAAAGCCUCGGGGGUUGAUACCACAAAUGGUCAGCAAGAUGGGAAGGAAAAGAAUAAUAAAAACGGGGCAGCAAAUAAGGUGAAGAAUGGGGAGGAAAGUUGUAAAGCCAAGGGAGCCUCAAAUAGCCAGACGAGCGACGCAGAAAAGAGGGAAGAUUCCUUAACAAACGAAACACAGAAAGAGAAAAUCGCUGGAAUGUGUGCGUCCCCAGUAGGGAAGGAUAUUUCCGAAAAGGUCAACACAUUGGAAACGCCCAACUCUGCCAACACGCCCAGCGCCACCCUGUUCGAAGUGCUCUUCCGAAAGUCCCUCCUAGAAAACGACAACAUAAAACGGAACAUAUCGUCGAAGAACUUCUACAUAAUAGGAGAAGACAUUCUAGUGAACAUUACCAUCAUCCUGGACCGAGUCAUAUCCGAGCUGAUUAAUCAUUAUAGAGUGAAAAAAAUGGUCCCAAGUGAACAGGAACAACAUUUCGAAAAUUUCUUCAAAGUUCUAUACAAAUUAUUGAGCAAUAUAAGUUACAAUUCGAAGGAGGAAAAAUAUAAAAUUAUAAAAUUCAGUAACAGUCAAAUUAAAACGUCUUUUUUAACAAAUUGUGAAAUUUUUAAUUUAACAAAAUUGUUAUUUGAGAUAUUAAAUUUUAAUACGAGUAGUAACAGGGUGGGUGUUUCCCUUCCGAGUGAAGAGUCCAAUGAAAGACCCGAACAAAUGGGAGAAGAUAUCGCGUCAUCACCUUACUAUGUAGACAUGAUCUGGAAAUUUGAAAACCCCUUUAGCGACAAAGAGUCCAUACUGUUCGAAUUUGUGCUGACCUCCGUCAAUAUAAUCAUGACUAUGAUAAAUAAGAAAGUCCCAAGCAUCCGAAUGAGUCAGGAAAAAAUAUUUCCAUUGGAUGGAAAAACAGAACAAAGACUAUCACAACAAAGUGAAAUUUCGAAAAAGUACUUUGAAGACCCGAAGAAGUAUCUGGAAAAAUUAUCAAAUAAUAUUUCCCCCAUAAAUAACAAACUGCUAAUUAUUAAUGAGAAGAACAAACAAGAACAGCAGGCCUUGAGUGACAUUCGUAAAUUGCACAAUGAGAAAUAUGCCGUACAUAAAAAUUAUGCAAACGGUAGUAUUACAUGUGGGAAGAACGCACAUGGCGCAUCCAGCCGAAACAACACAUCCGCAGAGGGAACGAUGUACAGUUUGAGUGGAAAAAAAAUAAAUAAUUCUACAGAUAAUCGUUAUUGUAGUAACAAUGAAUUGGGGAAUAAAAAUAGCUUACAGAAGGGCACCAAAAAGAUAAAGCAUUUCUUCAAAAAUUUAUUUAAAAAAGGGUGA